CCUUUAGUUUCCUGAUUUCUCUCCGUCCACAGGGUCCACAGUCUGUGCUUACAGUUUUUGCACGAUUUCUUCGGAGUACAGUAUUAAACUUUACUUGUGUCUCACAACUGGAGCUGUCUAUGUCGUUUAGAAUUUAUUAUUUCAAUUAAAUUCUUAUUCUUUCCAAUUAAUUUUACAAAAGUUUCACUAUAAUCUACCAUGGAAGCCAGACAGCGUGUGUGCAUUAUCGGAUCCGGAAAUUGGGGAUCAGCAAUCGCUAAAAUUGUCGGAGACAAUGCCAAAAAUUUAGACACUUUCGAAGAUGAAGUUACCAUGUACGUUUUCGAAGAAAUGGUCAACGGUAGAAAAUUAACGGAAAUCAUCAAUGAGACCCACGAAAAUGUAAAAUAUCUCCCUGGCCACGAAUUACCUCAUAAUGUUGUUGCUGUUCCAGACGUCGUGGAGGCUGCGAAAGAUGCCGAUAUUCUAAUUUUUGUCGUUCCACAUCAAUUUAUUCGUAAACUAUGUGGUUCACUUUUAGGAAACAUUAAAUCAACGGCGGUUGGUUUAUCUCUAAUUAAAGGUUUCGAUCAGAAGGAAGGCGGAGGAAUCGAAUUAAUUUCUCACAUAAUUUCCAAGGAGUUAAAUAUUCCUGUAUCGGUGUUAAUGGGAGCAAAUCUCGCGUCUGAAGUUGCAGACGAAAUGUUUUGUGAAACUACAAUAGGAUGUAAAGAUAAAAGUAUUGGUCCUAUUUUAAGGGAUAUUAUCCAAACCUCGUAUUUCAGAGUUGUGGUCGUCGAGGACGUUGACUCUGUCGAAUGUUGUGGAGCUUUAAAAAAUAUAGUGGCUUGUGGAGCUGGUUUCGUUGACGGUCUUGGCUUAGGAGAUAACACAAAAGCCGCCGUUAUCAGACUGGGACUAAUGGAAAUGAUAAAAUUCGUGGAUGUUUUCUUCCCUGGGGGAAAACUCACUACAUUUUUCGAAAGCUGUGGAGUGGCAGAUCUUAUCACCACGUGUUAUGGUGGAAGAAAUCGUAAGGUUUCCGAAGCCUUUGUUAAAACUGGAAAGCCGAUCAGUGUCCUGGAGAAGGAAAUGCUAAACGGUCAAAAAUUACAAGGACCCUUCACAGCAGAAGAAGUAAAUUACAUGUUAAAAGCAAGAAAUAUGGAAGUACGAUUUCCAUUAUUCACUGCAAUUCACAAAAUUUGCACCGAAGUACUAAAGCCAACGGAUCUUAUCGAUUGCAUUCGAAGCCAUCCGGAACACAUGGAUGACGAAGACGACAAAUUCCAGGAUCAGGCUUCAUCUCCACGAUGUCAUUUAUGAAGAGAAUUUGCUCAAAAGAAGGAAAUAAGAAUUUAGGAUCAACUGAAAACUUAUACAUUCUUUCCAAGAGUGUAAUACAAAGUUUAUUUGCUAGAUAAUUUUCUUCUUCAUUUUUUUUUUCAUAAGUCUGAAAAUCCGGAAUUUUCUUUUUAAAAACGAAUAAAUUAAUUUCUACGAGCGCAAAAUUUUUAAGAAAUUGUUACUUGUUACUUAAAAGACAAUAAUAUAAAAAAAAAUAACACGAAUUUAAAGUCAAAUUGAAUUCGUUUUCGUUUUUAAAAAUGUUUCGGAAUUCAGACUUAUUUUUACUUUUGUUUUUUUUUCAGAAUGUUAACAAUUAAUGAGCGUUUGAUAGUUAGGGAAAGAUCUGGGAAAAUAAUUUGUAUACACCGUCAACAGUCAAUAUUGAAAAUACUAGUCGAAUUCAGGUUUUAUUGAAAAAGAAACAGAGAAGAUUGUUUAUCUUUAUAUUAGGCAAAAACGAUGCCAUAUAAAAUCCAGUGGAGAAAUUUCGCUGGAAUAGUCAAACUUUGUUUUUUGCGCAUAUUUACAUUUUUUACUUUUUACACUUUUUACUCUUUUUACACACAAUAUAAAAAUAUCCUAAGAAGAAAUUUUCACUAGAAACUCAGAUUUUUUACGAAACGUUAUUGCCUCGAAACUUUAUUUGAUUUUCAAGAAUUUUCAAGAAUUUUUAUCAAUUUUAUACAUUUUAUACAAAGUCGAUUUAUAAAAUUCGGGAUUUGUUUCUAAUUUACGAAUAAGGCAGCAAUAUUAUGAAUUAAUGAAUUUUAUACAUUUUAUACAAAGACAAUUUAUAAAAUUUGGGAUUUGUUUCUAAUUUACGAAUAAGGCAGAAAUUAUUAUGAAUUAAUGAAUUUUAUAAAUUCUAAACGAUUAGUUUAUAAAAUUCGAUAUUUUGUUUUUAAUUUACAAAAUAAGUAAAUUUAGAGAUUGGCAGAAAUGUUAAAUUAUUAUUGUCGAAUAACAAUAAUUACGUUAUAAUUGUUUGAAAUCGUAUAAACUAAACUUAUGGAAUUGGAGUGUAAAUAUAAUUAGAAAUGUUAAUUAAUAAAUGGUAUGUUUCGUUGCAAAAAAAA